GCUAAGUUUCUUGGUCGAUUAUAUAUGUAUCUCGGUUGCUGCUUCGAUCAUUUUCCGUGUAGUUCGAUUUCUAGGUGCGCGAGUUCUUGAUUUCUUGAUUGUUCGUCGGCUUCAGCAUCUAUGUCGAUCACGGGGGUUAGCCUCCACUUCUGGUACUUCCACUCGCUCUCCGUCGUGUUCCUCUACUUCUUCUACGUGAUUUCCUGAUUCGCCUCACCCGCUUCCUCCAAAGUUAAAUCAAACAAAGCUUCCAUUAUUCGUUUCGUCCCAAUUCAUCUUGAAGCUUUGUUUGAUCCAAAAAGCAUUCUUCACCCUUGCACGUUCUUGUUUCUCUCAUAAUACUGUUAUUUGCUCCUGCGCCCGAUCGCUCAAUUAACGUGGAGCAGGAAAUAUUUGUGUAUAGCGUUUACGUGUUCCACGGUGUUUGUUUCUUCUUGUGUUCUGUAAUAUAAUCAAGAUGUCAGUUGCACCGGUGCCGGAAGGGGCGCGCCGCGCGGCGGCGGCGAUCGAGGAGGAGCGGCAGCGCAACCGGAAGAAGUCGAACCGGCUGUCGGCGCGGAGGUCCCGCAUGAAGAAGCAGCAGUACGUGGACGGGCUGUCCGUGGAGGUGGAGCAGCUGCGGCGGGAGAACGACGCCACGCGCGCCGGCGUCGGCGCCGUGCUGCAGCGGUGCGGCCUGGUCGAGCAGGAGAACCGGGUGCUGCUGGCGCACGCGCGCGAGCUGUGCAGCACGCUCCAGCUCCGCACCUCGCAGCUCCGGCUGCUCGGAGAGGUCGCCAGCGUGACCCUCGACGUGCCCGACGUCGCCGACCACCUCAUGCAGCUCUACGGAGGCGGCGCCGGCGCCGGCGGUCUGGUGAUGCCGCUCUCGCCCCCGCCGCCGCCGCUGCCGCCGCAGAUCCAGAUGCUGCUCCAGUCCGACGUCAUGCAUACGGUCAGUAUGCUACAGGGCUAUGAAAGCAUAUGAUCAGCUUGUCAAUUAUGUUGUGUGAUUGUGUGUUACUAUGAUCGAUGCUACGCUUGUGUUCGGUCGGUUUGUAUGUAUGUUAUGAUGUAUUGGACGCUAGCUACUACAGCUGUUAAUUCUCAUGUUGUCUUUUUGUAAGUACACAUGUAUUAAAACACAAGCUUGUCAUGCCUGUAUACGCAUGCCCAGAUAAAUAAAAGCGUGUGAGG